AUGGGCGACGCCUUCACCGUGGGCCAGGAAGUCCAACCGGCCGAGCUCUCGAUGCUGCGCGACGACAACGGCGUGAUGACGGUGGCCGGGUUCGGCAGUCUGCUCUCGGAGCGGAGCUCGCGGCGCACCUUCCCGGACCUACGCAAUUUCCGCAUCGGGCGCGUCACAGGGUUCCGCAGAGUGUUCGCGCACGUCGCGCCGAUCUUCUUCGAGACGGGCAUCGCGCGCAUGGAGACGAUGGAGAUCAGCAGCCUCAGCUGCGAGCCAUGGGACGAGGGAUCAAUCGUGGUAUCUCUUUUCGAGGUGGACUGCUCCAACCAGGCAGACCUGGACGCCUUCGUGGAGCGCGAGCACGAGUUCCGCUUCGUCGUCGUGCAGCCGCAGCCGCUCGCCCCCUCCGCGGAGCCCCCGCGCCUCGCGGUCCUGUGUGCGCGGUACUCGGAUGAGGAGUAUAAGGCGGCGCGGUGUCCCCCGGGGGAGUUCCACCGGCGGUACGGGCGGCACGGGAUCGACCGCGUGUGGCGGGACGACGUAUUUCCGUGCCGGACGUACCUGCGGCACUGCGUCCUCGCCGCUGAGCGUCUGGGGCAGGAGGCGUACGACAGUUUCAUGGAUUCGACGUUUCUGGCGGAUCGCGAGACGACGGUGCGGGAGUGGCUGCGCAGGAACCCGGACAUCAUGGCGGAGGAGCCGCCGCCGGAGCUGGCGGAGCGGUACGGGGGCUGA